GAUUGGGGCAAGUGCUUUACUAAUUGGGAUUCAUACCUUAUUUGGUAUUGGGCAAGUGCUUUACCAAUUUUGGGAUUUGUAUACAAAAAGGUUUUAACUAAUCCAAGCAUAGUUAAUAUUCUAAAACGUCCCAAAGUUCUAAACAAGUUUGCAACUAUAGUUCCAUAC